AUGGUCAAGCUUCCCAACAGUGUUGUCUGGUAAUUGACAAAGAAGAACAACUCUUUCUUGGUUAAGUUCAACGGUCAAACUUUCUCCCACGACCCCCUCAACCUCACUGGUCUCCACAACGCUUCACAAGCAGGUCUCAGCAACGAUCAAUCAGUUGGUCUCCAAGCUCAAAAGGUCAAGUCAAAGAAGGGAGCCUUAAGAGGUGCUGUCAAUCUUCUCCAAAGACACAAAUCUCACAACAAAAUCACCAAAAGAAGAAAGAACUCUACCUCAGGAGCCGUCUACUCUAGUCAAGUUCUCAAGAGAGGAGUCAACAGAAUCGGAAGAGUUGUCAAGAAUCUCACCCACAUCUCAGAGAGAGUUAGAAGACUCGCCUUAAAGAGAGUGCAAAAACUUCAUGUUGCCAGCAGAUCUCAAGUUAAGGGUGGGGCCGCCAAGAAAACCGAGAAGAAAUGA